UUCCCACUUCUGAAGUUCACAGGGAGGAAGAAACAGAUGCAAACUCAAAACCAUGAAAAACCUUUUUAAUCUCAACAGAACCAAGAGAAAACCCUACCAUCGCAGAUCUUCUGUCAUACUCGUCUCAAUCUCGUCUUUCCUCCUCUUCUUCAUCGUAUCAUACAGUCAAAUCCCCAAAUCUCUCUUUUCAAUCCGAUUAACCGACAAUCGACAGCCACAAUGCCCAGCCCAUAUCUCAACUGCGGGCGAGAAAUUCAUGUGGUAUGCUCCGCACAGUGGAUUUAAUAACCAGCUCUCGGAGUUCAAGAAUGCUCUGUUGAUUGCGGGUAUAUUGAACCGGACAUUGAUUGUUCCACCGAUUCUUGAUCAUCAUGCUGUUGCUCUUGGUAGUUGCCCUAAGUUUAGGGUGUUGGGUCCUAAAGAGAUUCGCCUUUCGGCUUGGGAUCACAUGAUUGAGCUUCUAUGGACUGGGAGGUACAUCUCCAUUGCUGACAUAAUUGAUAUUUCAUCUUUAUUAUCUGCCUCCACUAUUAGAACCUUGGAUUUCAGAGUUUUUGCUUCCAUGUGGUGUGGUGUGGAUGUUGAUUUUGUUUGCUUAAAUGAAUUUGAUUCCCAGUCUUCUUUGAUUGAAAGCUUAAAACAGUGUGGGAAUAUACUUUCCGGCUUCUACGGUAACAUAGACAAUUGCUUGUAUGCUUUGGAUGAAGAUUGCAGAACUACUGUCUGGACAUACCAAAAUGAUGAAGGGGAUGCAGUACUAGAUUCAUUUCAACCUGAUGAAAAACUCAAGUUGAAAAAACACAUCAAAUAUGUUAGGAAACGACGAGAUGUGUUUAGGACCCUUGGACCUGGUUCUGUAGCUGAAUCAGCUGCAGUUUUGGCAUUUGGAAGUCUUUUCACAGCCCCUUACAAAGGCUCGGAACUAUUUAUUGAUAUCCAUGAAGCUCGAAGGGAUGCAUUGGUACAGUCUUUGAUUGAGAACCUUAAAUUUCUUCCAUUUGUCCCUGAAGUUGUAAAUGCAGGGAAGAAAUUUGCAUUAGAGACCAUAAAGGUUCCUUUCCUUUGUGCUCAGCUUAGGUUGUUAGAUGGGCAGUUCAAGAACCACUGGAAGACUACUUUUCUAAACUUAAAUCAAAAGUUAGAACCCUUAAGGCAAAGGGGUUCUCUACCUAUUCGUAUUUUUGUGAUGACCGAUCUUCCUGAGGGUAAUUGGACUGGUGGUUACUUGGGUGAUUUGGCAAGAGAUUCAGAUAAUUUCAAGUUGUAUUCGUUGAAAGAAAAUGAUGAGUUUGUAAUUCAAAUAGCCAGAAAAAUUGCAGCUGGAGGACAUGGCUUGAGGUCUCAAUCUUCUCGAAGGACUCUUGAUACUGUUGACAAGAAAAAGAAGGUUUGUGCAUCUCGGAGACUUCCUGACGUACUUCUGUAUAUCGAGGAAGCCAUAUGCAGUUGUGCUUCACUUGGUUUUGUUGGAACUGCUGGCUCAACAGUUGCUGAGAAUAUAGAGCUGAUGAGAAAGUUUGAUGUAUGUUCAACUCAUAGUGUGACGGUAUCAUGAUCCUAGCAGAAGCCUAAGGAUCUAAAGAAGACUUCCUGAGUAACUUCAUUGAUUCCACUAAUAGCUCGACCGCAGCAUGACCUUUGUAUUUGGUCAUGAUGAAUUCUAAUUCAAUGAGUUCCCUUCUGAUGUCCAAGGUUAAGGGGUUUGGACGCUUUUAUUUCUACUAUUCCACUGUGCAAGACUGGUGAUCUAAGCAUCGCUAUUGAAGACAUUGCUGUGUAAGGCAAUGGUAUCUAUGGUGGUUGCAAGCAGUCAUCAGUCUCAAUUAUCUCCUCCAUAGAAAGAUUAAACAUCAUGUUUAAUCGAGGACUUGACUUUUGUGUGUAAGUUCCAACUUGGCCAAGGUUACAGGUUGUCCUAAUAUCACACAUACCAGGAAAAGUGGUGGUUCUUACUGGCGUUGACAGGUAGACUUGCUGCCUCUUGGGUGCAUUGUUUUUGUUGACGCACAGAUAAUUUAUCUAACUAACCAGUUAAUGAAGUUAUUGAAUUACAGUUGUUCUAAUGUUUAGAGUUAGGGGAAUGAUUUGUUCUUGUCAGAUGCGCAAAAGCACCAUAACUAGAGCGUUGAUUCUUUCAUUUGUAUCUGUGAUAUGUAAAUGUUACCUGUGUCAUUUUUUCGAGAAUUUCCACCAUCCUUGGCAAAUGGUGGCCUUAUUGCAAUAUAUAUCCUGAUGGAAACGA